GACAGGAAAGGGGAAAAAUAGACAAUAUUUGGUUUAUUUUGAGUCUAUGACAUGUAUGUAACCCGACUUUGCUUGAAUGCAUCUGCACUCACCUGUUAAACUGGGGUUUUUCCUCUCCAAACACAACCACUUGUAGACCCAUAAUUAACACCAUGACGCACGGCGGGUCCCCAAACAGCCGCUCUCACGUGUUGCACUUGCGCAAUUUAUCUCCAUUAAACCGUGAGGAGCGCUUAUUUAACCCAACCUGCAGGAGGAGCGGGAAUGAAGGCGCACUGCCUGCCUGCUCCGGUGACCCACGAACCUGCAGCACAGAGCGGCCACAUGAAGACCGACGGCGCGGCGCAGACCCUCGGUGGAAGAAAGCAGAGCCUGAUCGAGGAUGCGCGCAGGGAGCGCAUCGGCAGCGGCUCCGCGGGGCCCUCACCGGGGCCCUCCAGGUUCGGAGACGGCCCCGUGUUCGAGGAGAAGGACGGCAGGGUGACCCUGAACGUCCUGUUCGCGCUCAGCAACGAGAAAAACUGCGGAUUUUUCCAAACAGGGAAAAUAUUUGAGACGUUUGAGGCCAAACUUCUCCACUUGGAGAGCCGGCCGAGGAGGAAGUCGAAGGAAGGACUUCCGGACCUGGAGUUCUUCAUGAGGUGUGAAGUCCACCGCUCGGACCUGGACGUGUUCAUCAACGCGCUGAAACGGGUCGCCGACGACGUCCGCUGUGUGCCCGAGGAAAAAGCUCCCUGGUUUCCUCGACAGAUAAAAGACCUCGACAGGUGCAACAUGCUGAUAACCAAAUUUGAUCCAGACUUGGACUGCGAUCAUCCUGGAUACAACGACUCAGAAUACAGAAAAAGACGAGCUGCCAUCGCCGAGCUUGCCUUUGGAUACAAACAAGGCGACCCGCUGCCCACGGUGGACUACACGGAACAAGAAAUAUCCACAUGGAGGAAGGUUUACCAGCAGCUGAGGAGCAUUUAUCCCAGUCUGGCCUGCAGGCAGUUCCUGGACAGCCUGCAGCAGCUGGAGGAGGAGUGUGGAUACGGAGAGGACCGCAUCCCUCAGCUCAAAGACGUGUCCGCCUUUCUGAAGGAGAAAACUGGUUUCCAGCUGCGUCCGGUCGCCGGUCUGCUCUCAGCCAGAGACUUUCUGGCCAGUUUGGCCUUCAGGGUCUUCCAGUGCACCCAGUACAUCCGACACGCGUCUUCCCCCAUGCACUCCCCAGAACCGGACUGCUGCCACGAGCUGCUUGGUCACAUCCCCAUGCUGGCAGACAAGGAAUUUGCACAGUUUUCCCAGGAGAUUGGACUUGCCUCACUUGGAGCUUCAGAUGAGGAGAUUGAGAAACUCUCAACGCUAUACUGGUUCACUGUGGAGUUCGGCCUCUGCAAGCAGAACGGAGAGGUGAAAGCUUACGGUGCAGGCCUCCUCUCCUCGUAUGGCGAGCUUGUUUACGCCCUGUCAAACGAGCCCGAGUACAGGCCGUUCAACCCAGAGGAGACGGCGGUGCAGCCGUACCAGGAUCAGACCUACCAGCCGGUUUACUUUGUGUCUGAAAGCUUUGAGGACGCAAAGAUGAAGCUGAGGAAAUACUCUGCAAGCAUCAAGCGUCCCUUUGUUGUUCGCUACGACCCUUUCACCUGCAACGUGGAGGUUCUGGACCAGCCGAGCAAGAUCCAGAACGCUUUGAGCCAGGUCAGAGAGGACCUGAGGACCCUCCACAGUGCCUUGGAGAAGCUCAGCUCCUCCUAAGACCAAAACCGGAUCAUCUGCAGCGAACAGGAACUUGAAGGGAGGCCAACUGAUCGUGAACCGGCCCGAGUAAACAUUCCCAAACCUAGAAAAUCCGACUGUAGUCAUCUUUUAUGGCCGUGCUCUUCUUUUAUGUGUGCAAAGUGUAAAGAUUGUGUAUAAAAGAAAAAAAAAGAAAGAAAUAAAUGUUUAUUUUCAUGAA